CGCAGAGAGACCGCGGGCUCCUGGUGGCGGCACAGACGGGUCCUCGGACUUGGAUGGCAUUAGCUUUAAGUUUUCCUGCUGGGUUAGGGAAAGCGACCGGCACUUUCCAGGAAAGGAGACAAGAGUCCGGCUCUAGAAGUACGGGUUCGGAGACAGCGCUUCGGCCCGGGGAAUCCGCAGUCUGAAACUGGAGACUACCCGAGCCGCGCGGGCGAACCGAACCGCCUCCGAGGUCUGAUCAGGCAACCCUUCAGGAGGUGGGAAACCGGGCCCUGCCUCCGGAGCCCCCCUAAAGAUGACUCAAGACCAACCUUGGCUUGCUGUGCAACAGGCCCUGAGGAAGUGCUUUCCCGUGGUGGAGGAGCAGCAGGGCCUGUGGCAGAGCACCCUGGGGGACUGCCAGCCCCUCCUGGCCUCCCUCAGCAACCUGGCGGAGCAGCUGCAGGCGGCACAGAAUCUGCGGUUUGAGGAUGUGUCUCCACUUCGGGCCUUCCCGGACUUAAAGGAACGACUGAGGCGCAAGCAGCUGGCGGCUGGCGACACUGUCUUGGACAAGUUAGGGGAGAGGCUAGCCACCCUCCUCAAGGUGCGGGACACCGUCAGCAGGCACGUGGAGCAGGUGUUUGAGAUCUAUGAGCAGCACGCAGACUCGAUUGGCAUUGAUGCUGUCCUGCAGGCUUCCGUGCUGAGCCCGUCUGUGGCUGACAUGUUGGAGUGGUUGCAGGAUAUCGAGAGACAUUAUCGACAUUCUUACCUAAAGAGAAAGUACCUCCUGUCCUCGGUCCAGUGGGGAGACUUGGCAAAUAUCCAAGCUUUGCCUGAGGCCUGGAACCAAAUUUCAGAAGAUGAACACCAAAGCCUUGUACAAGAUACCCUGUUGAAGGUUUCCUUCUUCUUGGAAGAGUAAGGAAGCCACGUGUAUAUCAGCAGACUAGGGGGACACAGUUGAAGACCGACAUUGGUGCUUUCUGGUAUGGUAACCUGACAUACUUGAAAAAUCAGUGCCUAGAGCCUGAGGACUGCCUUCUGAUGCUGGGGCCUCCCUGUGACAUCAUGGCUGAGGGCACAUGGGCCACCCCUUGCCCUUUCGAUGCUCGGCAGUGGAAGGAGGUAGAGAGAGAAUGCAGGAAAGGUGGUGCAGGAGAACAACGGGGCAGGAGCCACCGCCGCAGAAGUAGUAGGGAAGGAGAGGGCAGGGAAGGGAGUGUGGCACCGCCCUCGGCACCUUCCGGAGCUCUGAGCUUGGUUGACACCCAGGCCUGUUCUGUGUAUUUGUGCCCGUACCUGAUUACUUGAUGGAAGGUGAUUAUUCUUGAUGAUUUAAAGGAAUAAAGGUGAUAAUUGAUGGAAGACAGUACAGAUCUUUCUGGACUUACAGUGAGGUUACAUCCUGAUAAUCCCUUUGUAAAUUGAAAAUACUGUAAGUCAAAAAUGCAUUUAAUACCCCUAACCUACCAAGCAUUAGCCUAGCCUACCUUAAAUGUGCCCCAGAACACUCACAUUAGCUUACAUUUGGGCAAAAUCAUUUAACACAAGGACUUUUUAUUUUAUUUAUUUUUUUGAAGAUUUUAUUUCUUUAUCUGUCAGAGAGAGAGCACACAAGCAGGCAGAGCGGCAGGGAGAGGCAGAGAGAGAAGCAGGCUCCCCGCUGAGCAAGGAGCCCGCUGUGGGACUCGAUCCCAGGACCCUAGGAUCAUGACCUGAGCAGAACGCAGCGGCUUAACCCACUGAGGCACCCAGGCGCUCCAGGGGCUUUUCAUUUUACAAUGAAAUGAAAUGAAAUGUUCACUAUCUCAUGUAAUUUACUGAAAACAGAACAGCUGUUCAGGCUUCACAUGGCUGUAUCGGUCGUUUACCCUUAUGAUCUCUGGGCUGACUGAGCUGCGGCAUGCAGCAUGCCCCUGUUGGUGCCCAGCGUCAUGAGAGAGGUGCACACUGCAUGCCGCCAGCCCAGGAAGAGAUCCACAUUCAGUAUGUGAAGUAUGGUUUCUGGUGGAUACGUAUUGCUUUUUGCACUGUUGUAAGAGUUGAGAAAUCCCACGCCCAACCACUGGAAGUCCCGGCAGCGCAUCCCUGUUUUCCAACUGCUGGGGCUCCGAACCCUCAAGUCAACUUCAGUUUCCAGAGCCCGCCACCAGGGGGAGGUGGUGCAGCAUGAAUUAUGCUCAGAGCUUUGUCUUAGAGGAGUUGUCCCUCUCUUCCCCACCCACCUGGUCUGGGAGUAAGUGGCUGGGGAGACUGCUGAAAUGACAGGGGUUUUAACCAAAGCUGGCCCCUGAUUUGCCACAUUCCUCUGAUCUUGGAGCAGCUGCAUGGUGGGAGAAGACCACCCAGAAUCGGGCCAUCAGGGUUCCGUUUCUGAAGCCCAGUGCCUUCAUCUGUGAAAUGGUCGGGCACUUCCAGACCUGUCAGCUUCGGGGCUGUGGAAGAAUCUGGGUCACUGGAUGUAAAGAGGCUUAAUAAAGAGUAUAGAUAUUUUUAAAAUGAA